AUGGGAUCUGCAUGUUAAAAUUGCCAUCAAACUUCUCAAGGUGAAUCAGAAAUUUAACUAAAACCUGCUUAAAAACUCCCAUCUAAAUAAAAUGUAGUUAGAAAUACUGGUGAGUAUAAAUGAAUUUAUUUAAGAUUCCGUUCCUUUGAAUCCAGAUGAUGAAGAGUUAGUCAAAAAUGCAUCUGUACUAACAAAGUUCCAUAAAAUGUAAAUGAAGAAUAUGGGAUAUUAUGAAGGAGAGUGGUUAAAUGGAAUGAGACAUGGAUAAGGAAUUUAUGUACCAGAAAAUUUAAACUAUAGACUUGGAUUGAUAAUACAGUUUAUACAGGUUAGUUCCAAAAUGAUUAAAUGCAUGGAAAAGGUUAAAUUAUACACCCUAAUGGUGAUAUUUAUGAAGGGGAGUGGGCUAAUGAUUUAGCGAAUGGUUUCGGAAUUUUCAAAUAGACUAAUCAAAGUACUUAUACUGGAUAAUGGAAGGAUGAUCUGCAACAUGGUGAUGGAAUAGAAGAAUGGCCUUAAUAAAUCAAAUAUGAAGUUUUUUAAUUAAGUAUUAUUAGAUAUAUAGGGUUAAUAUGUAAAAGGAAAAAAACAUGGAAGAGGGAAGAUUGUUUUUGAAGAUGGUAGUCGAUAUGAUGGAGAGUUUGUUAAUAAUUAGGCUUGUGGCAAUGGAGAAUUUUAUUGGUAAGAAGGAAAGUAUUAUAAAGGAUAGUGGAAGGAUAAUUAAAUGAAUGGUAAAUCUUAUUCAUUAAAUAGUUUAUAGGAAAAGGAGAAAUGUUUUGGCCUGAUGGAAAGCAUUAUGUAGGAGAAUAUGAAAAUGAUAAAAAGCAUGGAUAAGGAUAAUUCACAUGGGAAAACGGAAAAGUGUAUAUCGGAGGAUGGAAUCAAGGAAAACAACAUGGUAAAGGCUUUAUUGUAGAGGAUGGUGUCAAAAGAGAGUGUAUAUUUGAGAAUGGUAGAUUAGUGAAUAAUAAUUGA